CAGACGCGGAUACCUCAGCCAAAUUCACAGAGUUCAGUCACACUCAGAGAACAGUUCCUUAGUCUUUUUACUUGUUUUCGUUUUAUGUGUCUCCCCUCAUUAAGUUGAAGAGAGCUUAGUUUGGGAACAGUGGACACGUCUUGAAGACAUUUCAAGCAUGACUUUGGAUAAUAACGGAUCUUGAAGUCUCAAACUGCACCUCAGACUCCCAGAAAAUAACGACAGACACCAGCUCUCACAGGUCCGCAGCAGCAGAACUCUCCUCUCUCAUCAUGAAGACUGCCGAGGAACCAGACAAACAAAGACAGAAGAGCAGACAUCAACAUCUCCAGAUGGGGUGGUUCUCCAGUGUCUGGUGGUCUACAUUGGUGAUGCUCUUCUUCUCUCUGCCGGAGGUGAACUCUAUGAAGGAGAGUGUGCCAAGAGUUAAACUUGGCUACAAAGAGCUGAUCCAUUCUCGAAGCGUGGUGCCGUUUGUGGGUUCCAGCGAGGGGCAGCGGUUUCAGACAGUCCUAUUGGAUGAAGAGAGAAGCCGACUACUGCUGGGAGUCAAAGACCACAUCUACCUACUGGACCCAGACGACAUAAAUAAACACCCCAAAAAGCUGAGCUGGCCAGCUCCAAGAGACAGGGUGGAUAUGUGUAUACUGGCUGGCAAAAACCCUCUUACCGAAUGUGCUAAUUUCAUUCGAGUUUUACACAGCUACAACCGGAGUCAUGUCUAUGCCUGUGGUACUGGAGCAUUCCACCCCACCUGUGCUUUCUUAGAGGUCAAAGGUCACAAAGAGUGCACGUAUCAGUAUCUCUAUGCUGGCACGGCGUCUGAUUUCCUGGGCAAGGACAGCACGUUUAGCCGCUCUCUCGGGCCGCCCCCAGACCAGCAGUACAUUCGCACAGACAUCUCUGAGGACUACUGGAUAAAUGAGGGCAAGUUUAUUUCCGCCCAUCCCAUCGCGGACACCUACAAUCCUGACGAUGACAAGAUUUACUUCUUUUUCCGCGAGGCGUCCCGUGAUGGGAGCACUACGGACAAGAGCGUGCUGUCUCGUGUCGCCCGGAUCUGCCGGAAUGACGUUGGAGGUUUGAGAAGUCUUACCAACAAGUGGACGACAUUCCUCAAAGCAAGACUUGUGUGCUCCAUUCCUGGACCGGAUGGAGUGGACACGCACUUUGAUGAGCUCCAGGACAUCUUUCUCCUCCCUAGCAGAGAUGAAAGAAAUCCAAUGGUGUACGGAGUGUUCGCCACCACCAGUUCUAUCUUUAGAGGAUCAGCGGUAUGUGUCUACAACAUGGAAGACAUCCGUGCUGUGUUUAAUGGACUGUAUGCUCAUAAAGAGGGACCGGACCAUCGCUGGGUGGAAUAUGAAGGCAGAAUCCCCUACCCAAGACCAGGCACUUGCCCCAGUCGGACAUAUGAUCCUCAUAUAAAAACGACUAAAGACUUUCCAGAUGAAGUCAUUAGUUUUAUACGGCUGCACCCGCUAAUGUACCGCUCUGUGCACCCAAUGACGGGCCGGCCAAUUUUCACUCGUAUCAAUACAGAGUUGAUUACUCAGAUUGUAGUGGACCGAGUGGCAGCUGAGGAUGGACAGUAUGCUGUUAUGUUCUUGGGCACAGAUAUGGGAUCAGUUUUGAAGGUUGUCAGCAUCACUCAAGAAAACUGGUCCACAGAGGAGAUCAUCUUAGAGGAGCUUCAGGUGUUCAAGAGUCCCUCGCCCAUCCUCAACAUGGAAAUCUCCUCAAAGCAGCAGCAGAUGUUUGUUGGAGGAAGCGACGGGUUGGUGCAGGUGUCCCUUCACAGGUGCCAUAUUUAUGGGCAGGGCUGUGCAGAAUGCUGCCUGGCUAGAGACCCCUACUGCGCUUGGGACGGCACCCAGUGCUCCAGAUACAUUCCAGCCUCCAAAAGGAGGGCCAGAAGGCAGGAUAUCAAACAUGGAGACCCAUCCAGCCAUUGCUGGGACACAGAGGAUGUGUUAGGGAGGAAUGUCGAGGAGAAGGUGUUGUAUGGAGUAGAGAGUAACUCCUCUUUUCUUGAGUGCGUUUCAAAAUCCCAGCAGGCCUUGAUUCGCUGGUUCAUACUGAAGCCAGGAGCGGACCAACGUCAAGAGAUCAAACCAGAUGAGCGUGUGCUGAUAACCGAGCAAGGUUUGCUGAUUCGUUGGCUCCAGCGUAGCGACGCAGGUUCAUACUUCUGCACCUCCCAGGAGCACAGCUUCACCCGUACCCUCCUCCACCUCUCUCUUCACGUCCUGGACCGCGGGCAGAUCCAAGCACACCAACCUGCUACACGGGAAUCAUCAGAUAAUCCGCCUGUGACCGAACCUCGUCAGCGCUAUAAGGACUACUUGCGCAGGUUGAGUGUUCCUGUGCGCUCUCUGGAUGAGUACUGCGAAACGCUCUGGCACAAAGAGAAGAAGCAAAAACAGAAUGGCAAAUGGAAGCAUGUUCAAGAGCUCCGCAAGAGCAGGAACCGACGCCACCACUAGAGGUGCCAAUGAGGCCUGGAAUCGAGUGUGAGGUUAGACGGGUCACAAUGCCCAUGGAGCCUCUGGAUGUGGAUUAAAAUUAACUCUAAACCAAAUACAAAGACAGAAAUUAAUCAUCUCUUGACCAGUCAAGCAAAAAAUCUUUCAGAAAUAUUGUUUUCGUUUGGACCAGUCCCUUAAAAAAAGUGACGCACAGAUUCUUUACCAUUUAAAAAUGAACCUUUUGCAAAAAUGCCCACUUGAACACCAGUCAUCUUGAUUGAUCUUGAAAAUACAUCAGAAUCUAUUAGUUUUGUUAAAGCCCCUUUGGGCAAGGUAUGGUAUACUAAAAUUAUAUUCCUGUAAAUCUAUAAGCAAUGUUCAAAACAAAGAUUUUUCCAGUCUAAAAAUGUCUGGAUUGGGGACGUUUUUCAAAGCAACAUAACACCAGUUCAUUGCGCUUUAAUUUUAACCAAGAAUAAAAUUGCAUUCAUGUUGAAUGUAUGUAAAUAUUUAUAUUAUUUGUACAUGAGAUUGUGCGUGCUUUAGGAUUAUUUACGUAGAAUUCUCUUUUGAGAUUACAUAUUUAACCAAGCAUUUAAAUUUCACUGAGUAAAUUACAUU